AAACUUGAUAUGGCUGAGACUAAGAAAUUCAAUAAAUCAAAAUUGAAGGCAGAAAUGCAAGAGAAAAAUCCAUUGCCUUCCAAAGAAAUGAUUGAACAGGAGAAGCGAGCAGGUGAAUCAUAA